ACAAUAAAAUACGCCCAAAACAAAACCGCUUGAGGGUCUCGUUUAGAAAAAGGAAGAAGAGAGCUUGCAUAACAAAACCAUGUGAUGAUAAGAAGGAGAACAAUCGACCGGAGCACCAAUCGUCACCAGCGGUCAAGUCUAUGGCGAACCUGCACGAACAUCCAUUCUCUGAAGCAAAUCCAAGCAGCACUCGUUGUCCAUGGUUUUAAUUCAAACAAAUCAGCCUUGAGAGAGCUCGUUUUUUGCGCCGCCAUGUCUAUUCCAGGCGCUAUAAACUAUGCCCACCAACUGUUCGCUCAAAUCGCUGAACCGGACACCUUCAUUUGGAAUACCAUGAUAAGAGGCUCAGCUCAGAGCCUGAACCCACUAGACGCUGUCGUUCUCUUUGCCCAGAUGGAGAAUCAGAAUGUAAACCCCGACUGCUUCACUUUUCCGUUUGUUCUCAAGGCCUGUACGAAGCUUUCGUGGAGGAAUAUGGGGUUUGGGAUUCAUGGAAAGGUGGUGAAACAUGGGCUUGAAAUGAAUAGUUUUGUAAGAAACACUCUGAUUUACUUUCACGGGAACUGUGGGGAUUUGAGGGUGGCAAGUGAGCUCUUUGAUGCUUCUGCAAAGAAGGAUGUUGUUGCAUGCUCUGCUUUGACGGCCGGAUAUGCAAGAAGAGGAGAGUUGACUGCUGCAAGGCGUCUGUUUGAUCAAAUGCCAGUUAAAGAUUUGGUUUCUUGGAAUGUGAUGAUUACUGGGUAUGCCAAACGUGGGGAGAUGGUUAAUGCAAGGAAGCUUUUUGAUGAAGUUCCUAGAAGAGAUGUAGUGAGCUGGAACGCAAUGAUUGCAGGGUAUGUUCUAUGUGGUUCUCAUAGACAGGCCUUGGAAAUGUUUGAGGAGAUGAGAAGCAUGAGUGAAGAGCCUGAUGAGGUGACAUUGUUGAGUUUGUUGUCUGCUUGUGCAGAUUUAGGAGAUAUGGAAGUUGGGAAAAGGUUCCAUCACUCUCUUUUGGAGAUGACGUCAGGGAAUUUAACAAUUUUGCUUGGGAAUGCACUUAUAGACAUGUAUGCCAAGUGUGGAAGCAUUGGAAGUGCAAUGGAAGUGUUCAGAGGGAUGAAAGAAAAAGAUGUAUCAACAUGGAAUUCUAUGAUAGGAGGAUUGGCCUUUCAUGGGCAUGCGAAGGAAUCAAUAUCUCUGUUUACUGAAAUGCAGUCCUCAAAAGUGAGGCCAAAUGAGAUCACUUUUGUUGGAGUUUUAGUUGCUUGCAGUCAUGCUGGGAGAGUUGAAGAGGGUCGUCAGUAUUUCAACCUUCUUAGAAAGGUGUAUGACAUUGAGCCAAAUAUAAAGCAUUAUGGUUGUAUGGUGGACUUGCUAGGGCGUGCUGGCUUAUUGAUGGAAGCAUUUAAAUUUGUAGAAUCGAUGGAGGUUGAACCCAAUGCCAUUAUAUGGAGGACUCUGCUUGGAGCUUGUAGAAUUCAUGGAAAUGUUGAGUUAGGGAAGCGUGCAAAUCAGAGAUUACUUGAGAUGAGAAGGGAUGAGAGUGGGGACUAUGUAUUACUCUCUAACAUAUAUGCUUCACAGAGUGAGUGGGACAGGGUUGAGAAAGUAAGAAAAUUGAUGGAUGACACUGGGGUGAGGAAAGAGCCUGGCUUCAGCCUUGUUGAAGGAUAUGACAAAGUGCUCAUGCAGUAUUUACUUGACCCAAAGCCAAAUUUGAAAUCAAGGUAUCUACAAUCUUGAGCUGGACAGUAGUGACGUACCAUUCUUUUAAGUACAACAUAAUAUAUAUGAAAAAUUUCAGAAGACAAUAGUCCAAACUGACUUCCUAACAUAAAAAAGAAUAGAAAUAAUCAUUGACUUAAAACAUAAAAAAUGAGGUACUAAUUCAUUGGAGCUUUCUUUUUAUCCUUGAGAAAGGCUUGUUUACUCUCAUCUUCAUGAAUUUGUGGUGUACCAAAAUUUAGCUGUAAACCCAAUUUAGAUUAGGUUUCAUAUUUAAACAUGCUUGCGUUGUGUAGUACCUCACUUAAUCAACAGAGGUAUGUGAUAAAUUUUGGUGGUAUGGUAUAUAUUUGCACCAAAACUUUGUAAG